AUGGUACGAGUGCGUGCUGUACUGGUGUGCAUGGAUUUAAGAAAUAAUCUGUUGAAAAAUAUAUCAUUUCAUCGAUUUCCUAAACAAGAAAAAAUUAGGAAGGAAUGGGUACAUAAAAUAAGAAGAGACACUGGUCCUAAUUUUCAGAUUACAGCUAACACGAGAGUGUGCAGUAAACACUUCAGUCCUGUGAGUUUCCUGAAGACUCUGACUGGAAAAUACAAUCUGGAUGACAGUGGAAAAGAGGGAAGCACACCUUCCUGCUCCAGUGAGCACGAUUAUGUGAGUGUUCUGACAUCUGUCGAGGACCAGUUGAAAGCAGCUCAAGCGAAAAUAGGAAGGCUCCAAGCAGAACUGGGGACUUUGCAGGAAAACCGGUUCUUCUUGGGACGGUUUCAGGGUGUCCCGCAACUCAUAACGUUUUAUACUGGUUUUAAUGAUUACUCUACACUUAAUGCAGUAUUUUUAGCACUGCAGCCUACAGCAUCAUCCAUGGUUAGACAGGCGCAAGUGCAGAGGAAUAUUCAAAGCAAAAGUCAAAUCAAACCGGAUGCCUUUAAAACUCUUAGUCUUCCCCUCAUAGAGCAGUUUUUCUUAUUUUUGUGUAGAGUGAAGCAGGGUUUAUUUGAACAGGACUUGGCUAUCCGCUUUAAUGUCUCGCAGUCAACAGUUUUGGAUUUAAGCUUUGUUCUUUGUGGUAUAUGCCAGGACUGGGGGAGUGACAUCUUACUUGUCACAGGUGGUACUGACUGGAACCCCAUUCUAACGAAGUGA